AUGGCCAUGGCCAUAGCCAAGAGCUCAGCGCUGGGGCUCGCCUUCACAUUCCUCUGUUGCUACGACGCCAUCAUCUGUUCCCGCGCUUCACCCGAUGACUUCCCCCAAUGCCUCUCGGCGAGCAUCCCCAGCCAGCUCGUCUUCACGCAGAGCUCGCCGUCGUUCACCUCGGUCCUGGUGUCAUCCAUCAGGAACCCAAGGUUCUUCACGCCAACAACGGUGAGGCCGCGGUGGAUCGUCACGCCGACGAACGCCUCCCACGUACAGGCGGCCGUGGUCUGCGGCCGCCGGCACGGGGUCCGCCUCCGCGUGCGCAGCGGCGGGCACGACUACGAGGGCCUGUCCUACAGGUCUCAGCGCCCGGAGGUGUUCGCCGUGGUGGACCUGUCCAGCCUCCGCGCCGUCCGUAUCGACACGCGGAGCUCCACCGCGUGGGUGGACUCCGGCGCGACGCUCGGCGAGCUGUACUACGCCGUCGGGCAGGCCAGCGACCGGCUCGCGUUCCCGGCCGGCCUGUGCCCGACCAUCGGCGUCGGGGGUCAUUUCAGCGGCGGCGGCUUCGGCACGCUGCUGCGCAAGUACGGCCUGGCCAGCGACAACGUCCUGGACGCCGUGCUGGUGGACGCUAAGGGAAGGCUCCUGGACCAGACCGCCAUGGGGAGUGACGUCUUCUGGGCGCUUCGAGGCGGCGGCGGCGAAAGCUUUGGCAUCGUGCUGUCGUGGCAGGUGAGGCUCGUGCCCGUCCCGCCGACGGUCACGGUGUUCAGGAUCCCGGUCACCGCCGGCGAGGGCGCCCUGGACGUGGUGACCAGAUGGCAGGAGGUCGCGCCAGCGCUCCCGGACGACCUCUUCAUCAGGGCGCUCCUCCAGAACCAGAGCGCAACCUUCGAAUCCCUGUACCUCGGCACGUGCGACGCGCUCGUGCCGGUGAUGAGACGCCGCUUCCCGGAGCUCGGGAUGAACCGCACGCACUGCCAAGAGAUGACCUGGAUUCAGACCGUGCCCUACUUCUUCCUGGGCGCCGGCGCGACGGUGGAGGACAUCCUGAACCGGACCACCUCCCUGAGCACCUACACCAAGAUGACGUCCGACUACGUCCGGCAGGCCAUCCCGCGGGACGCGUGGCCCAGUAUCUUCGGCAAGCUCGCGCAGCCCAACGCGGGGCUCAUGAUCCUGGACCCCUACGGCGCGCGGAUCAGCGCCGUGCCGGAGUCGGCGACGCCGUUCCCGCACCGCGCCGGCGUGCUGUACAACAUCCAGUACGUGAGCUUCUGGAUGGCCAAGGGAGACGGGUCAGCGCAUACGAAGUGGAUUAGGGACUUGUACGCGUUCAUGGAGCCACACGUGAGCUCGAGCCCGAGGGAGGCCUACUUCAACUACAGGGACCUGGACCUCGGUGAGAACGUCGUUGUCGGCAACGUCAGCAGCUACGACGCCGGCAAGGUCUGGGGCGAAAAGUACUUCAUGGACAAUUACAAGAGGCUUGCGAUGGUGAAGGGUGAGAUUGACCCCGACGACUACUUCAGGAAUGAGCAGAGCAUACCACCGCUCGUGCCGGGCAACUAG